GUAGUCGAUGGUUGUAUCGCGCGCAGUGCUCUCAGAGGAAGUCAUACAGAUUGCUUGGUAUUGUACGCUAUAUUUUCGCUCACGCUUUGGAGCUUUUUGCAGAUUUGAAGAACACUAUCUACAUGCUUUAUGCAUGGAUUGACAACCACGUUUCUGGUGUGAAAGAAGGGGAAGAUUCCAGAAAAGAGACGCUUUCUUGAAUCCUGACCCCAUAAAACUCCAGACAACAUUAUCCAUUUCAAGUGUCACCGAAAAACCGUCCCGAGAUUAAAGCCAUGCCCUGCGUUCAGGCUCAGUAUGGGUCAUCACCACAAGGAGCCAGCCCCGCUUCGCAGAGCUACAGCUACCACACCGCUGGAGAAUACAGCUGUGACUUCUUAACACCGGAGUUUGUUAAGUUUAGUAUGGACCUGACCAACACAGAGAUAUCAGCUACUACUUCUCUCCCUAGUUUCAGUACAUUCAUGGACAACUAUACCACCAGUUACGACGUUAAACCGCCCUGUCUUUAUCAAAUGCCCCAUUCUGGAGAGCAGUCCUCUAUUAAAGUCGAGGACGUCCAGAUGCACAGCUAUCAUCAGCAGAGUCACUUGCCGCCUCAGUCGGAAGAGAUGAUGGCUCACUCCGGCUCCAUGUACUUCAAACCGUCCUCACCUCAUGCCCCAAGUACACCAAACUUCCAGGUUCAGCCCAAUCACAUGUGGGAGGACCCUGGGUCCCUCCACAGUUUUCACCAGAACUAUGUGGCAGCAACCUCUCAUAUGAUAGACCAGCGCAAGAACCCGGUGUCAAGGCUGUCGUUAUUCUCCUUUAAACAGUCCCCCCCUGGUACCCCUGUGUCGAGUUGCCAGAUGCGAUUCGAUGGCCCACUGCACGUCUCGAUGACCCACGACAACCCAGGAUCACAUCGGAGCUUAGACAGCCAGAGCUUUGCAGUACCCAGUGCUCUAAGGAAACAGGCCGGGUUAGCCUUCCCUCACUCCCUACAGCUCGGCCAUGGACACCAGUUGAUGGACAGCCAAGUUCAUUCGCCCCCAUCCCGAGGGUCACCGUCAAACGAGGGUCUGUGUGCAGUGUGUGGGGACAACGCCGCUUGCCAGCAUUAUGGAGUGAGAACCUGCGAGGGUUGCAAAGGAUUUUUUAAGCGCACUGUUCAAAAAAAUGCUAAAUAUGUGUGUUUAGCAAACAAAAAUUGUCCUGUCGAUAAACGCCGAAGAAACCGUUGCCAAUACUGCCGUUUCCAGAAGUGCCUUGUUGUCGGAAUGGUCAAAGAGGUUGUCAGGACUGCUAGUCUAAAAGGUCGACGAGGCCGUCUACCCUCCAAACCUAAAAGUCCCCAAGACCCCUCACCACCCUCGCCGCCUGUCAGUCUCAUAAGUGCUCUUGUUAGGGCCCAUGUCGAUUCCAACCCGUCUAUGUCUGGCCUGGACUACUCAAUAUUUCAGGCUAACCCUGACUACCAAAUGACUGGAGACGACACUCAGCACAUUCAGCAGUUCUAUGAUCUCCUGACGGGUUCCAUGGAGAUUAUCCGAGGUUGGGCUGAGAAGAUCCCGGGGUUUUCUGAUCUUCCGAAACAGGAUAAAGAUCUCCUCUUCGAAUCAGCUUUCCUGGAACUUUUUGUUCUGAGGCUGGCAUACAGGUCCAACCCAGUGGAAGGCAAACUCAUUUUUUGCAACGGAGUGGUCUUGCACCGGCUGCAGUGCGUCCGAGGAUUUGGAGAAUGGAUUGACUCGAUUGUGGAGUUUUCCUCCAACCUACAAAGCAUGAACAUCGAUAUAUCAGCAUUCUCCUGCAUCGCCGCUCUUGCCAUGGUAACAGAAAGGCAUGGGCUUAAGGAACCCAAGAGGGUUGAAGAACUUCAAAACAAGAUAGUGAACUGCCUAAAAGACCAAGUCACGUUCAAUGGCGGAUCCUUGAAUCGUCCGAACUACCUGUCAAAACUUUUGGGAAAGCUUCCUGAACUUCGCACGCUAUGUACACAAGGUCUGCAGCGUAUCUUCUACUUAAAACUCGAAGACUUGGUUCCUCCGCCAGCAAUAAUUGACAAACUUUUCCUCGACACUCUACCUUUUUAAAUUGACUUUUAAACGGACUUUUAACGAGACCUCAAAGAACUUCCACAGACUCUGUUUGAGUCAGCCUGACAGAUUUUUAAGAUUUUAUCUCUGAAUAUUUGCAAGCUCCGUAGUACAAUCCCCUGCAUUCAUACUAAGGAUCCAUUAAAUUGACACAGUGAAGAGUGAGCAAAUUGGGUUCAUAAAACCCACAAAUGUUGGAUUUUUUAAAAAUGUAUUUAUAAAUGUUACCCCAAAAAUAUUGUGAGUAGCCAACGAUCCACACCAGGGAAAGUCUCCAAGACUUCUCUUGACUUUAUUGUGGAUAUUCUCCACGAAGUUAAAAACUUUCUUGCAACUCUUAUUCCUUAUUGUUGACUAAACACCUGCUCCAUUGAUAAUGCAUACUGAUAUGUAAUAUAUUCCAUUUAUAUAUACACUUAUGAUAGAUGAUGUGAUGCGUCCAAUGCGUCAAUUUAUAACACGUGUAAAAAGUUCGUUAAUGACAAAAAACAUUUUUUCUUUUAUGACUUGUGCCUAUGUGUUUCUGUCAGGAUCCCAGAGAUAUGAAAGUAUUUCGAAAAGACAACGCAUGUUGUAGGUUUUUAUAGGCACUUGCUGUCGAGGUGAUGUCUAUAUUAUACAUUAUAUUCCGGACACUAUGUAGUCUGAUAGAUUUUAUAAAGAUUCGUAGUACUGGCACAACCUUUUAUGUAUGACGCAUAUGUGAAAAAGUAUCUCCAUCUGUAUAGAUUAAGAGGGACCCAUGGUGUUUGUAAAACUGUCAGACAUUCCUUGUUUGUAUGUGUUGUAAGUAUUGUUGCUGUUGAAUAUAAACGUUUCUAUAUUUAUUAUUUCUAUUGCCGAAAGCUACAUUAAGCAUGGAGCAAUUUAAAUUAUUUAAAACCAUCAUAAUUCAUGCUGAGCACGUUGUCUAUGUUUUAUGUCUUAUAGACGUCUAGAUAGUUAUAAUUUCACACAUUUAAAAUUGAAAAAUUCGUCCUAUAUAAAAGAUAAAUAAGUGUGCGGUACAUCCUUUGCCUUCAUGGUGUAUUUUAGUAGGCUAUUGCAAUGCAUUCGGUGCCGAAUCCCAAACGUUUAGAGAG